UGGGCGGACUGGUGUCCAGUGUGUCGCUGCGCCCUGCAGACAGGCUCACACAGGUGGACUAGUCAGACAGGUUUGGAGGUGAAGCUCUUUUGUUCACUCGGUUUGAAGGCGAUGUAGCUAUUUGGAGGAGUUAUCAUGAAGAUAGUCGCGACUUUAACGCUUCUACACCUGAGUUUAUGUGCGACAGCUGCAGUUUCGGGGAGUGACUCCACCGAAACGGCUCUGACAGCCGCACCGGGCGACACCGCGCUACUUCCGUGUUACGCCGUCGGUAACGUAACACCGACUGUGACAACAUGGAUGAAAAACGGACAAGCGCUCGUGGCAGGUGGGGAGUCCUCACCUGGCCCCUCACCUGUCGGCGGGGAGCGCCUCUCAGUGCUGCAUGAUGGGAGUCUGAGCAUCAGGGGGGUGACACCUGGAGAUGAGGACUACACGUGCAGCUCCACACUGCCGGGCAACAACAUCUUCCACGCACGCGUCCUGCUGCGAGUGGCCAGCGGUCCAGAAAAUGUAGCUGUGUCAAUCAGUCCCUCCACUGCCUUGUCCAACGGGACACUCAUUGUCCAUCGGGGUUCCAGCGUCUCCUUCAACUGCUCCGGCUCGUCCUACCCGUCUCAGCAGCUGACCUGGACCUUCACGGGAGCUUCGUCCAGCAACGAGUCGCUGGCUUCAGGCUCCGGACCCUGGCUCAACCUCAGGAUAGAGGACAUUCAGCCCAGCGCUCAGGGACUUUACAGCUGCAGGGUCCACAACAACGUGUCUCAUCAGGCAGCCAACACGAGCACACAGCUGCUAGUUUACUAUGUCCCGGACAGACACCCUGAGUGUAUGUGGGCGCCAGCACAGGACGCCUCUCACAUCCACUUCAACUGCACCUGGUCCGGAGCGUAUCCCACCCCGACGCUACGCUGGGGGAAGGACGAGGGAGACCAAGGAGCGGGCUGGAAAGGGCACAUUUAUGCAUCGGAGGUGACGGACCACCUGUCAGUGAUGCUGAACCGCUCCGUGCUGGCCGACGGGGAGACGCUGAGGUGCAUGACCCAGCACCCGGCGGUCGCUGCGGGGAAAGAGAAGCAGUGUUCGUUUACCCUCAAGCCUCCGUACCCUGAAGGCGAGCCGAUGGUGACGGCGCUGGAGGCGACCAGCAUAACUCUGACCUGCACCGAGUCCGUGUCCAUCCCCCCCGCCGACACCACGUGGAGGAAAGGGCUCGAGCAGGAUUACAUUGUUCCAGGUUCGAAGUACAUCCUGUCUGAGCAAGGCCCCGUCCUCACGCUGACCAUCCUCAACAUCAGCAAGGACGACGAGGGCGUCUAUUUCUGCCGCAGCGAGAACCCCCUCGCCGUCCGCGUGCUGGAAGUCUACCUGACCGUGAAGACCUCCUCUGCGUACACAGGAGCCAUCAUCGGCGUCUUCAUCGCGGUGCUGAUCGUGGGAUCGGCCGCAAUCGUAGCCAAAACCAUUUACUCCAGCCGACACCGGAUUUGUCUGGGAAAUGGCUUUGGCCAAAUGGAGGAGGACAGAGGAGACGUGCUGAGUCUGGUGGAGUCAGACGACGAGCAGAUCUUUCAGGAUGCCGUUCCCCGGCUGCCUCCGAUAACCAACGGACGCCACACAACGCUCGUCCAGAUACAUCGAAUCCCAUCGAGUGAUAAUGAGGAUGCAGAAACUGCUGACACAAGUCCGCAGCAGCAGGAGGACACUGCACAGACUGAAGAGCCGGCGGAUCUUGUAACAUUUUAGGUAUUGGGUGUUUUUAGAUAAAUGUUUUAUUUUAGGUAAAUAACAUUUACUCCCAGCGACAAUGUGAACAGAAUCGGUGUAAAAGCUAAAAAAAAGUAAUCAUCUUUUAAUUUGUUAUUUUUUUAAACAGGGUUUUGAACUUUUGUAAGCUUAUUUCUAUGAUUGAUUUGUUUGUACAGCGUCUUAAUAUGUUGCUCUGAUAUUGAGAUUUGUUCAGUAAAUGAAGCUGUUUAAACAAAA